GAUCGGAAGAAGAAAAACAACAUCAACUUUUAAAUUCCAAAAAGGCAUAUUAUUUCCGUUAAAAAUGCUGUUCGAUUACUUUUAAUUCCAAAAGAGCUUACAUAAAUGAUAUUUUAUGCAUCAAAAAUGGAUAUACUUUCAUUUAAACAUGCUCAUAAUGCGAUUGUUGUGUAUGUUAAAACUUGGUAAGCCGUCGUAAACUUUUAGGACUGGGACUUUCUAGAGGAAGAAUGAAAAAACCGUCAAACGGCAAAGACACCAAAAACAAAGGUGCUUGUCCCAGAGGAAAAAGAAAACUGGAGUACAAUGAUCAGAAACAACCCAAGCUACCAUUGACCGGUAAACUGAUCUAUCUUGACAUCAAAGAUAUUCGUCUCACAAAGAAAUUGGAAGCUGACUUAAAAAGACUUGGUUCCUCUGUUGAGAAGUUUUUCGUCAAAGAAAUUAAUUACCUCAUCACAAGUCAUCCAAGACCAAAACAGAGAAAUGAGGACAAGCUUCAGUCCGCCGACAGUCCUGCAGGGGUUUCAAUACCAAGCCCCUUUAACUGUGGCCCUUCGCCUUCACCAGGAGCAGUUGAAACUAAAGCACCCCAGUCUGUUACCAGGGGUAAAGCAAUACUGCAGAAAGCACAACUACAGAAAAAGACUAGCACUAUUAUAGAAAAUGCUGAAAAGUGGAAGGUCAAGAUAGUUUCAGUUGAAGCUGCCCUGAAAUGGAUUCUGAAGGAACUUGCUAAAUUACCUGCCGAAGAUUCAAAGAGUAAUCAGUCUGCUAAUACCAGGGGAUCUAAAAUUAAGAGACUGCGAUCACCAAUGCUGAAAUUUGAAUCAAACACUAGGCAAUACCGACCUGUUCAUGGUAACCUUGGCAACUGGCCCUUCGCCAAUGUGGAUACCCCAAAGGGGACAUGUCCAUUCGAUGGGACCACAGUGGGGCGGGGUGAAAGAUCCCGAGAAGAGCGAGGAGACAGAAUCGGACUGGCACAGCCGAUGGACAACAAUAUGCCCGCUAGUCCAGCAGGCAUAGGUGGUGAUGAUCAGAACAGUGGCAGCAACAAAACUCCUAGAGCAGAGGCUCAAGGGAAAAGCCGUCCCUCUGAGAAUCAGGGUGGUGGGUUAAGUGGAAUGAAGAUCAUGACUGCUGGGGACCUGAAGAGGCGCAAGGAACAGAAGAGGAUCCAGGAACGGAAGAGAGGAUACUGUGAAUGUUGUCAGGUCAAAUACGAUGAUCUGGAUAAGCAUGUAUUCCAGGACCAACACAAGUCUUUCAUCAGGGAAAAAAAGAAUUAUGAAACCCUGGACCACCUGAUUCGGACGGGCCCUAGUACCGCCCGCUUCCUACAGAGGGUGCUGCUGAAGCACUGUACCAACCAUCGCACAACAGAUACUAAUAAAAGUGAGUCAGAUGAAGAAGUUUUACUGAUAACGCCAGGAAAGGCAGCAGCAAAGGCAGCAGCUAACGGUAAUAAGCCACCACAACAACUAAAGAGCCCCAGAAAGGGCAAACAAACAGCUGUUCCAACGGACUCCAAUAAACAGAGGUCUAAAGAACACAGGGAAAAGAGGAAAAAAACAAAGGACUCGAAGCCAGAAAUAAAAGUGUUGGACAAACAAACUCAUUUUGUGUCUAAAACAAGUGGUAGUAACUCAAAAAUACUUGACGAUCAAUCUGACAAAGUGGAAGGAAAUAACAGUAAUCAGUCUAAAGAAGAUACAUCUGUUACAGCAGUUGAGGAGAAAAAAGUAUGUGAACUUAAGGAAGGCAGUAAAUCAAACAGUGUCGGUCCAAAAGUAUCCUUAACCCCCACCAAAGAUUCUGAAACAUUGAAUGCAGUGAUAGAUCAAAAGAAUGUGGACCGUUCUCCUGAAAAACGAAGCUAUACAAGUGACGGAUUGGACAUGAAGAACCAUGUCGUGCCUGUGAGGACGAGAAAUUGUCUUGGUGUUUAUCCAAACAUGUCACCUAGUCGAGUCUCCUGGGCAUGUCGCCAGUCGCUAUCUGCUGACGAAGAUUCUCAAAGUGGGUCCAACAAACCAGAUAAAGCUUCGUGUGUGAGGGUGCUGAACAAUCCUAGUGUAGCCAAGGAAAAUAUACCCGCAGGAAAUCUGUCGCUAGACAACCAUAUAUGUAAAGAUAAGAACAACAAACAGCCUGAUUGUGAAACCAAAGGAGAGAUUCCCCUAGCAGGUGAUCGGAUAAGAGUGCUGCGUGAAUCAAGGUCACGAUCAAAGCAAGGUCAACAGUCUCAACAACCUACAGGAACAUCUUUAAGAAAAGAGAAACGAGUGUGGGAAAAUUUGGAGGACAUCCAAGACAAUUUUGAUGAAGUUGAUGGUGAUAAUUCUUCAAUGACAAUUUCCAAGAAAUCUCUCGCUCUUGUUGAAUCACCAGUUAUUUCUCUUAGUCCGCAUACAGGAUCCAAUGUAAAGUGUCCAGACAUUUGUUCUUCUCCGAGGAAAGGGAGAGCCUGCAGACUGUUAGUAAAGACAGUAGUUGAGGUUGAAAGUAAGAACAGAGGUGCAAGCAGUCAAGAUGAGCUUGACCCCAGUCAAGUCUUAGACUCAACCUCAACUAGAACUAGGAGACAGUCACCGGUUAAAGAUACAAAAUGUCGGGGUAAGGACGAACAUGACCCCAAUCAAGUCUUGGACUCCACGGAAACCAGAACUAGGAGUUGUUCACCGGUUAAAAAUACAAAAUGUCAGGGCAAGGCCAAGCUUCACUCCAGUCAAAUCAUAAUUGAUUCAGUCACUACUAGAACAAGGACUGAAUCACCGAUUAAAAAUACAAAAUGCCGGAGUAAGGCAGAGCUUGAUGCCAAUCAAAUUUUAAACUCAACCAUAAGUAAAACUAGGAGUCGGUCACCGGUUAAAAAUACAAAAUGUCAGGGUAAGGAUGUGCUUGAUGCAAGUGAAGUUAAAGAUUCUGUCACUACUAAAACUCAAACACGUUCACCAGUGAAGGACAGAAAUAUACGUACAAAUUGUCGAGGUAGGGUAAAAAUUGAUUCCACAAGUCAAGGAGUAUCUACAGAAUCAAACAUUUCAAGGACGUCAGAUAAGCUGUGUACAGGAAAACCUUGUGAAGAAAGACCUGUACAAUUGCUGAAUUCACCAAGAACUCGGAAAAAGGUUAUAAAUUAUAAUGAUGAAAAACACCAGUGGCUUGAAUCGAAUGAUGAAAAUGAUUUUGUGGUAAAGCGAGUUAGAAGUCAUUCUUCUAAAACAAGAUCCGAAAAAUAUCUUAAUGAAGUGGAGACAUUUGUUGACAGUGAACCCGUGUCACCAAGGAAACGCCUACGAAGUAGAGAAUCGCAUCCUGAACCUGUGUCACCAAGGAAACACCUACGAAGCAGAGAAUCGCAUCCUGCAAAGGACUCACAACCCACCUUGUCAAGUCCUCUGAAACCAGAUAGUACACAGGAUAUUCAUUGUUCACCAGCUUUAAGGAAUCCUCAGGAAAAAGUCGAAGAAACUUAUUCUGGAAAAGUUGUUUCAAAGAAAGACAGUAGUGCUGAUGCAAAAGAAAACUUAAAAUGUAAAAACAUGAAAUCAUCACUCACAGAAAACAUGGACAAUAAACAGCAUCGAAUAAUUCAAUCAUCCACAAAAGUGCAAAUAGAAAAUUCAGAGGGAAAGUCAACUGCCACUAACAUCAAUCUAAACACAAGUUCAGCAUAUGUGCCUGAAGCUAUGGAUGCAGGGUUUUACGUUAACUGUAUGGAGAUGGUGAAGAAAAGGUCCCAGAUGCGUCAAGAGGCACAGAAGAAUCGGUCAAAUAGUAUGGGAAGUCCUCACAGUAGCAGCAGUAUUGCGUCUAGACUUGACGGCACACCGCGCAAGAGGAUCACAGUGACAGUUUCUCCAGUCAGGUCAAGUAAAUCUGCUCCAAAUGAUAGUCAUCAGAGACAGAAUGUCAAAUCAAAUACAAAUGUGGGGAGUUCUACCUCAAUUAACUCGCCAGGUGUUCAGGGGGGAAAUGCUAAAGUGCAAACUGAAACAACAACAAGUGCUGAAUCAACUUGUCGAAAUGGUAAGAAAAAAUCUUCUGUGAAUCUUGUCCGAAUUUCAUCAGGAAUACCAACUUCUGGUCUGAUAGAUGGUAGAAAUGAGAAUCGGUCAAAGGGCAGUAUAAUAACAAACCCACAUCCUGAUGGGAAACAGCGGCACAGACCACUACAUAAUGACAGCAAGGAGAUGUCUUCAACUGGAAAACUUUUGUCGCCAACACUACACCAUAAAAGUGACAAUUUUGCAAGGAGUCCUUCCCCAUUGUUCAAUAGAUCUCCAAAAUAUAACAAAAGCAGGAAAUCUCAUGAUAAACACCACAGAAAAUCAUCAAAUUCCAGAGUGAGGAAGUCAGUAGUGUACGAUCCUUAUGACAUAAGAAAUCUUUCUCCACUCAAACAAGGUCAGAAUGUUUUUAGCAGUCCCAGAAGUGGGUACAGUGGUGAAACAUCACGAUCAAAAAAGAAAAAUCGAAAUUGGAGGCCAUCUCAGAAACAUUCUUCGGAAGUAAAAUCGUCAAAUUCCAAAAAGCUUCAGAAACUCAAGCUCCCUGAUCCAGCUACUACUACGAAAUUAUAUAUAGAGACUCCACAGAGUGACGUCACUGAUUCACAUUUAACGCGUGAAAAAGAUUCAAACAAGGGCAAAACUACCAGAGAAAAUGUAUCUGAGCAUAGACGAGAAGUUUCUACAGAAAAAGACCAGCAGUCCAGCAAGCGACGACACAGUGCUAGACAAAAACUGGAGCUGGAUGGUAACAUUACCGGGGGUAAAGAGGAAUACUCUGUCCCGUCUAUAGAUUACAUUCCUUUAGAUAAACUCCACGGGCCAGCUGAUGAUACUGAUGAUAGAUUUAUAGCAAUCAAGAAACUCGAAAUAAGUGACCUCACUAUCAUAGAACAUGAAGAGUGUGAACUAUAUUCAAAGAAAGAAAAACAGUCUGGUGGUGCUGAACACAGUAAAAAAUUGACUAGCAAUUCAGCAAAGCAUAGAAAAAGGAAAAUCAGCCAACGGGAUUCUGGUGUUGGGUCUUGUAAAGAAAAGAAUGAUAAAGGACAUUCUAAAAAAGUUGAUCGUUCUAAUUUGAAAUGGCAAACUACAGCUGUUCAAAUGUCGCCCAAGGCUAAAACGGUGAAAUUGAACAAGAGCUGGACAUUGCUGAGUGAUCGCAGCAUGGCUAAAAUACUGCAGAGUGAUGGGGAUGACGUGCCGUUCGAAGGAUUUCAGCCAGAACAUGCAACGGGCAGAAGUCUUCUUGGCAGUGAAAUGUCGUAUGUAGAAACUACGGAGGUGGAGUUGGAGGAAAACUCGGAUCAUGAAUGGGAACUGGAACACGAUGAGGGGGUUGAGGAAGAGGAGAAGGAUUACAUUGACUAUGUUAACUGUACAUUCACAUCACCAGGGAAACACACUGACUCGUCCUGGGAUGAGACAUUUGAUAAUUACAUUGACCACCAGCUCAACAGGUCAAAGCCAAGUGAUGCUAAGUUGAACACGAGCUUCAACAUUGUAGCUGGGCACUCCAGUCCAAGAACAUUUGGUUCCCCAAGGCGACACAGGCACCAGCAGAGAGGACUAACCCCAAACAAAAGGAAGGCUGAUGUGGCAGAAUGUUCAGACCUGCCACCUGAUGUUAUGGGGUUAAAUCAUACCCCAAAAAGGAGAAAAUUUAACAAGAUAGGAACAGGAGGGGUUGCUGAAACAGGUGUUAAACGUGUGGAUGAAGAGAUUGAAUUUAAUUACUGUAGUCCUCAGAAACUGAAGGUUUUCAGCCCACAGAACAAGAUGGGUACUGAAAUUGUCCUCUCUUCAAGUCCGCUGAAGUGUCGAGGGGGUCUUUUUACUUCAACCCCGCACACUGCACGACAGAACAAGAAAGUCUCGGCAGGAGGUAGUUCUCUUGAUUUACCAGCUCUGUCAGACUCCAAAUCACAGACAGGAAGUGCUGACAAAGUGAAAACAAAGUCGGGUCAUCACAGGAAUAAAAGUACAAAGACAUCUUCUUCACAGGAGUGUAGUGUUGGUGGUGACAGUAGUAAACAGUCACACAGAUCUAAUAAACAUCGACACAAGUCGCACUCCAAACAUUAACACCAUCAAACAGAUCAGUACAAAGUUAUACAAAUCAUAAUCCAGACAUUACAGAUGUACACGGUGUUUGUCAAAUUGUUUUUUUUUAAAUGAUUAUAUUGCAAAAGUAGACAUUUUUGCAUGUGGAAAUGUUUCCAUUGCCAAUGAUUCUGAAACUUGCAUAUUCAAAUUUUCUUAAAUGAAUAUAUUCUUGUCACUGGAUAUUUUUGCCCUCAAUAUGAAACGCAAGCAUUUCCACACCGCAAAAAAAGUUCACUUUUACUGUACAGGUGUAGAUUGCUAAAAUAUAUCUUGUCUGCUCUAGAUCUGUUUGUGUAACAUUCGCCGUUAUCAGUGAUUUGUUUUGGAACAGGAUUCUUGGUGUGUUUGUAAGCAAUUUCUUGCCAGGAAAUCUAACAUGUACCUCCAAACUAGAAUGUGUUCACCAUGCUUUAAGGAUGAUGUCCAGAAAUAAAUAUGGGACAUGUUAGAGGAAGUAGGGUCUUGUGCCCACAACCUACAAGACCUGUUAUGUAUAUUGGGAAAUGUUUGCUACAGAGUAAUAUGUCGCUUUCACUAUAAAUAUAUAAUAGGACAAAUGUAUCGUGUAUGAAUGUUAGUAAAAAGUAUCACAUACCUGGUAUUUAGCAAAUAUGAUAUGAAGGGUAAAAUGAAGACUUGGAACCUAUUUGAACUGGCAAAAAUUUCCUGGUAUACAAAACAUCCCCGAUAUUUAUAUCUGGACAGUUCCUAAGUUGAGAAAGUGUAUUACGGACAUCAUAUUUUGUCAAGUAUGCAAAUUUACUCUUGUUAAACCACUACAUCAUGGCAUUGAGAUAUUUCACUAGGCAGCUCUCCAUUCAAUACAUCAUUAUUUCAUUUCGAUUCAUACAUCAUUAUUUCAUUUCGAUUCAUACAUGCUGUUCAGGUUGUAUAAGUUAAGGGAUAAAACAAGCCACAGGGUCAUGAAAAAGAUUCAGACUUGAGUCAAAAUUUUCACUGUUUAAGUUCAAACUGAAUUCUGUGUUGACAUAUUAAAGGCAUUAAUAUAAGAACAUGAAAAGUUGAAUUUCAAUAUGGUCUCUUUCAUAACCCUGAGGUACUCGUAUGUUAUUGUUUAAGACUAUUUUUGUCAUACUCCAUAAGAUGCAUAGGUGUUGUAGACUAGGCAUGUUGCAUGUAUGAAGGUCAAUUGACAUCAUUAUGAUCACUUUUGAAUUAAAUGGAUGGGGGUGAAACAUUUAUAGAUAGUCUAAAUCAUACAGCAGGAGUUACUCUAGCCCGAGAUUCCUCUGGCCCUGACACCAGACUUAGACAUAGAUAUCUGUCAAAAUGUCUAAGUCUAGUGUCUGGGGCAGAGAACCCACUCCAGACAUCUAUCUGUCAAAAUGUCUAAGUCUAGUGUCUGGGCCAGAGAACCCACCCCUGACAUCUAUCUGUCAAAAUGUCAAAGCCUAGUGUCUGGGCCAGAGAACCCACACCAGACAUCUAUCUGUCAAAAUGACUAAGUCUAGUGUCUGGGCCAGAGAACCCACACCUGACAUCUAUCUGUCAAAAUGUCAAAGUCUAGUGUCUGGGCCAGAGAACCCACACCAGACAUCUAUCUGUCAAAAUGUCUAAGUCUAGUGUCUGGGCCAGAGAACCCACACCUGACAUCUAUCUGUCAAAAUGUCAAAGUCUAGUGUCUGGGCCAGAGAACCCACACCAGACAUCUAUCUGUCAAACAUUUGGUGUCAAGGCCAGAAGCAUCUCGGGCUAGAGUAACUCUAAAGCUACUUUCUGUUGUCACUCACUGAUAUUUACAAUUGUGGUUUGAUGUCUUAAAUGUGUUUGGACAUAAUCUGAUGGAAUACUUUGUACAUCAGUUUGGUAUGUGAGAGUGAUGUAAUCUGAUUGUUUUCAUUUAAAUCUGAAAUUUCUGUUUUUGUUUACUGAUCGUAAUUACAGAAUUUAUUUUUAUAUAUAUAUAUUUUGCGUUUAUUUGACAGCAGUUGGUAUAAAACAACUACUGUCGGGUAACAUACCUUAUAUGUUACUGACAUAAGCAAUGGAACUUUAAUUUUAUGAAAGUGUUGAAUAUAUUAUUGUGUAUUAACUGGUACCCACAAAAUAGAAAGCUAUGGGGAAAGAAGGAGGGGGGGGGGGGUAAUAUGAUAAGAACUUACUGUAGGGAUUUUUAGUGUAAAAAAAGGGAUGCAGUUCCCUACAGGAACAUUUGCCAUAAGAAGGUGGAUUUUAUAUUCUAAAAGAUGGAAGUACCUUCAGAUGAUUUUUUUUCCCCGAGUAACCGAAAGAGAUGUAUGAAAGGGAUGUGCCGAGUGGUAGUUCUUCAUAAAAGGAGACUUGUCCAAAGAAAGAUUGGGUGCAUGUGUACUGUAAUGUACAUGCAAUUUGUUCUCUGUAGAAUCGAUUGUCCUAAGAAAGGCAGGGUUAGCAUGUGAUAUGACCAUAUAGCUACAUUUCAUUUAUCCAAACUCUUUUUCCAUACCAAUUUAAAAAUGAUCACUGACAUUGGUUAGGGUCACUCAGAAUAAUUGAAUUCCUCCAUCAUCAAGGUCACUCUUCAGGGACCACAUUUCCAAUCACUCCACAACUCAUCUUAUGUAAACAAAGUUUUAGAGUGAAUGAAGUCUAUUGAUUUAUUGGCCAUUAGGUCAAAGGUAAAGGUCAGUCUAUAAAUAGAUGUAAUAUUUUGGGAAUUUGUUAGUUUCUGGACAGAACAUCACAUCUUAACCAAAUUUAUAUGGAUAUUGCCCCUUUGGAAGAUGAAUAUCUAUUGACUUCAGGUUCCAAGGUGAUAAAAUAAGGUCAAGGUGGUUAUAAAUAAACUUAUUUCUGUGAUAAUGUUUUGUUUCUGGAAUCUAAAGGGGGGAAAAUUCCAGAGUUAUUUGCGCAAAACCAAGAGCUUAUUGAGGGAGCAUAUGUCGGUUACAGCAACUUUUUGUCUAUUUCAGAGUGUUAGCAAAACAGUGCUUUAUUUUAAUGGAGUCUAAAUUUGCAGUUUUUCUUUCGAACUUAACCACUCAUGACAUGUAAUCUUAAUUGUUCACAUUGAUUAAUAGUUUACGGCAGUUCAGAAUUCACAUAUUUUAUCUAUGCCUGGAGUAAAGCGUAAUUUGAAACGGUGUGAAAUAAAAAAGCUAAACAGUAUGAGAGUGUAUAUACCAUUGUUGAGUAUCUGUCUGUACAUAGCUGUAGAUAGUCACAUGUACAUAUCAUCUGUACAAAUGUAAAUACAGAAAAAAAGUGUAUCCUGUACCAAAAGCAUAACCAGAUAUUUUAGAAUUUUUACCUCACAUUUACCGGUAUCACAUCAGAUUAUUUUAUAUUUGAUAUUGCAUCAGUUGUUUUGUCAUUCGAUCUCCAUGUUAUAUCUUGACACGACGUUGUGUUCAAUAUGUAUGACAAUGAAAUAUAAAAUCGGGUCUAACAGUACAAGUAGUCAGUAUAUGACAGCAGCAAGACAAGUCAUUUUAGAGAAAAUUUGUGGUAGUGUAAACAUUUCUAUAUGCCCACCUUAGGCAAAGCAUUCCUAGGAGUCGUCCUGGUCAUCAGUAGUUAGCUUGUCCACAGGUUCCAGACUACAGUUUUUCAACAAUUUCAUAAAACUUCUCACAAGUGUUCUCGACACCAGUCACAGUUAUUUGUUUGGGAUUAAGGUAACGGCUACAGAACUUUAACAUGAUGUUCGAUAAUUACAUACUUGGCUUGUCAGCAGGUUCCUGACAAAAACUUUCAUCAAAAUUUCAUAAUAUUUCAUACAAUUUCAUAAUAUUUCACACAAUUUCAAGAUAUUUCACACAAUUAUAACUAAUUAUUCCUGACACCAAAGAUCAGUUGAAGAUCAUACAUUUCAGCUCAUGGUCACAGCUAGUUGAUUAUUAAAAGUUUCAACAGUUUCAUUCAAUUCACUGCAUAUUUCUCAACACCAUAGCCUGCACUUUUUGAGUGCACAUGCACUAGCAAUCUAACCUUCAUGAUCACUACGACAUACCAUGAUGUGCAUUAUGCUAUCAGUCUAACGAUGAUAUGUGGGGCGUAUCAUGUACCUGUUGCAUCUUUUGUGUUUGUAAUUUAUAGAAUAAUAAUUAAUGAUAUGAUGUGAGUUUGAAGUAAGAUUACAAAAUAAUUUUAAGUACGGUAAAGGCUGAUAAAGAAUGAUAGUUCUUGGAAUGAAAAAAUAUUUACCAAAAUCAGCAAGUCGAGUUUGUUUAAUUUGGUAGUGUGAUUUGAAUAAGAAUACAAGAUACAAGAUUAAAUCAAGGCUGAAAAAGGGAGUUAACUCUGGAAAUGUUAGAGAUUUUUGGUCCAUAGUAAAAUUUGAUAAAUGGGUAACAUUUACAUUGUACCAUCUUUCUGUAUAUUUGCUUGUACAUGUAUUCAAAAACAAUUAUUUGAACUGAAAUGUGUGAUUCUCAGCAUGUCACAGAAUUUGUCUGAUGUUUUUUGCAGUUUCUAGAAAUAUUAGGAGCAAACUAUAUUUUACUUUAUACAUGCAUAUAUCACAAUUAGACAGUCUGGUGUAUAACUACUCUGGGUCAAGGUCACGCCAGAAGGUCAAAAGUCUGUCUCACUAUUGUUACCAAUGAUGUCCAGACCAUAACUAUCGGGUUUUUGUUUCUUCUCAUUCUGUGCACAUAUAACAGUCAUUAUCCAUAGUCCCAAGGUCAUGGUCUCAACAAGAGCUCAAAUGACAAGUGGUGAAAUGUAGCGCUUGUUUGGGCAAAACUUUCUUCAUUGUGUAAUAUUUUUCAAAAAUAUUUAUAGGUAUUAAAACAAGGUCAAAGAUAACAAAAAGACAUUGUAUAUGAUUGUCAUGAGAAUAACUUUGAAAGGAUGAAUAAUUUUUAGAUGUACAUUGUAUCAAGAACAGCAUUUCAUACUCAUUUCUAUACCCCUGGGGUCAGGGUCACACAAAAUGAUCAAAAGUCAGCCACUUUAUGUUAUGUGCUUGUUUUAUAGGGAUGAAUCGUCAAAAACAUCACAUUGUGGUAGUGAAUACAUGAUGAAAUUCUUCAGAAUAAUUGUCUCUGUGCUUUAUACCCAAAUCUAUGCUGGUAUGUUAAACAAAAAUAGUGUAUAAUUUCAAGAUAAAUGCAAGUUCCCAAAUCUCCUUGAAUCAUACUCCUUGUUUUUUAAAUAAAUGGGAUAUUUUCUUUACAAAUUAAUUACAAAUACAUCAUUUUUAAUUUAUCAUCAAUUCCAACGGUAGAACAACAAAUGUUACGAAUACAUGGCUAUAUGCCAGUUAUGUAUACAUGCAACUUGAACCUUCCUAUAUUGGAUGGAUCAGCAAUAAAGAUUUCUUAAAACAAUUAA